CUAACACAGACAGUCCCAAACCUGACUUUCAAGCAUUCGGAUCCCCAGUAGGAGAUUGGGACUAUCUGAAAAUCUACGUUUAAAACAUCCUCCAGACUUCAGCUUUGCCUUGUAUCGUCCGGACUAUACUUGUUUUCUCCUGCCCAACAAGACAGUGGAGAAGUGGACUGGUUCUCCUGCCUGUUCCUGCGCCAUCCAUCAAAUCCUACCGGCUUUAUUCUUAAAAUAUUGAUUGCAUUUGUGUGAAUUUGUUGGUGUAGAUCCAUUCGGAUGUUUUAAGGAUCCGGAAAGCUGUAUAUGGAAGUUGUGGGGUGCAAGGCGAAAGAAAGCAGUUGCACAUUGCGUCCAGCAGCCAUGCUUUUCCACGGCAUCUCUGGGGAUCAUAUUCAAGGGAUCAUGGAGGAGAUGGAGAGGAGAUCUAAAACGGAGUCUCGUCUGGCUAAAACCGUUCAGAUGAACGGACGAGAGACGACGAUGCCCUCCAUGAGCCCAGAGAAGCCUGCGCUGUGCGCCGGCUGCGGUGGGAAAAUCUCCGACAGAUACUACUUACUCGCCGUUGAUAAACAAUGGCAUUUAAGGUGUCUCAAGUGUUGUGAAUGUAAACUGGCCCUUGAAUCCGAGCUGACGUGUUUCGCGAAGGAUGGCAGCAUUUACUGCAAAGAGGAUUACUACAGAAGGUUCUCCGUGCAGAGAUGUGCCCGCUGCCACCUCGGCAUCUCCGCCUCGGAAAUGGUGAUGCGUGCCAAGGACUCCGUGUACCAUCUGAGCUGCUUCACCUGCACCACAUGCAACAAAACACUGACCACGGGUGACCAUUUCGGCAUGAAAGACAAAUUGGUUUACUGCCGGGUUCACUUUGAGACUCUUAUUCAGGGAGAGUAUCGCCCUCAAUUAAACUACGCUGAAUUAGCGGCCAAAGGCGGAGGGCUCGCGCUGCCUUACUUCAAUGGCACCGGCACGGUGCAGAAAGGAAGGCCGCGGAAGAGGAAGAGUCCGGCGAUGGGAAUAGAUAUCGGCUCUUACAACUCAGGUUGUAACGAGAACGAUGCGGACCAUUUGGAUCGGGAUCAGCAACCCUACCCUCCAUCCCAGAAGUCCAAGCGCAUGCGUACGUCAUUCAAACACCAUCAGCUUCGCACCAUGAAGUCCUACUUCGCCAUAAACCACAACCCAGAUGCCAAGGACUUAAAACAGCUCUCCCAAAAGACAGGACUGACCAAAAGAGUUCUUCAGGGAGAACAAAUCUUGGGGCAUUACAGCCAUACUUCACGACGUUUGAAAAUUCCCUAAAGUAUUAAAAGAAGCUUUGAUCGGAGUUCUUCACCAUUGAAGACAAAGACAAUAUUAGGAUCAGAUUUUAGAGUGAUUUAAACGACAACAAAAAAAAAUCUACCAAAAAUGUGUUCCAAAAUUUCUUUCUCUUUUCCUUCAAAAAAAAAAAAAAUUUGUCCUGAAUGUUUAAAAACCAGAGAAUCCACAACAAAUGGGAUAUUUUUUCUUACCACCGAAAUGAGGCAGAAAGGCAAAGAAAAAUCAACUGUACAGAACUGUAGAUACAAAACAGAGCAACCUUGCUCCAAGAGGCGACUGCAGGAGACGGGAUCUACGCACGCAUGCAUGUCUACACACACACAACCUUGUAAUUCUGCUUGCCGUAAAACAUUCCUGUGCAACAAAUGUCACUUACCAUGAACGCACAGCCUUCCUAAAACUUGGCAGCAAAAUGUCCGACCAAGAGAAGCUGGAAAGGAACACCAUAUGGCUGUAUUUAAAAUGAAAACAAGUAAAAAAAAAAAAAAAAAGUAAUUUUCUUUGCAUGCACUUCAAGUUGUUGACAGCAAUUUCAGAUGGAUAUUUUAUAUUGAUGUAUCAUUUGUUGUCUCUUGUAUGCUAUAAACUUCAAGGGAAUUUUCCUUGUGAAUCCAAAAUCUUAACACAAAACAACAGUGGAAAAAAAAAUCAGUAAAAGCAUGCUUGAUUU